UUAUCCGGUUACAGAAACUUUUUUCUUCAUCACUAAUUUCAAGCAGCUGAUAAGUUCAUUGUUAAUGGCAUAUUCUGGCAGAAGCAGGAGUUUGUGCAAAUACUAUCUUCUGGAAGCGAAAAUAAUUAAAUUGUGCCAUAAAAGUCAAUAUAUCAAAUAAAUUCCAUUAUAGUGAACAAAAGUACGUACCAUGUCCUUGCUGCGUCAAUGUGGAGCCGCUUUGGGGAGGCGAAAUACAGUACAGCAACUUCUGCUGAAACCUCUUUUGCUUGGUGGUGGCCAGUGCAGCGGACUGUUAGUCCAGCCAACGCUUCCAGUUGCGUCCAAUAAUGCGUGCGGAGUGCGGUGCUAUAAAAAGUUUGGCCACAAAGAAGAGCCAACUCCUCGGCUAACAAAAUACUUCCACGCCUUUGUUAGCACUUUAUUUAUUAUAACGAUUUUGGACUGGAAGAAAAUAAAGCGUGCUAUCAUGCCCAAAGUAGACGCAGAUGCACCUAAAGAGAAAGAUAUUCCUACUAAAGAAACCCCAGAAGAAAACUGGGAUAACGAUAAAGUGUCCAGUAAGUGCUCCGAACCUGAUUUGGCUAAGCCAAAGCGUGAGCAGAAAGAUAAAAUGGGUUUCCGCGAAAGGAAGAUUAUCGAAUACGAAAAUCGUAUACGUCAAUUUUCUACACCUGACAAGGUUUUUCGUUACUUUGCCACUAUACAAGUGCCAACAACAGAUGAUCGCUAUGAGAUUUUUAUGACACCGCAAGAUUUUCUAACUAGCAUGACGCCAGGCAUGAAACAGCCAGAGGGCUUGGGACUGGACCAGUAUCGGCGCUAUGAUCCUAAGGACGUGGCUGAGUGUCUGAAGUUGCAUUUGGACAAGGACAGUAUAUUCUAUAAAUUGGGCUCAUACGGUUUAAUUACUUUCUCCGACUAUAUAUUCUUGCUGACUGUGCUUUCAACCUCUCGUCGUCAUUUUGAAAUCGCCUUUCAAAUGUUCGAUCUGAAUGGUGACGGCGAUGUGGAUAGCGAAGAAUUUGAAAUGGUAGCUGAUUUGGUGCGCCAACAAUCGACUAUUGGUAGUAGACAUCGUGAUCAUGCGGCCACAGGCAAUACGUUCAAGCCCAUGAAGGGUGUUAACUCCGCUCUAACCCACUAUUUCUUCGGUCCGAACUUGGAUCAAAAGUUGACAAUACAAAAGUUUAUACACUUCCAAACGCAGCUGCAGCGUGAGAUUUUAACGCUCGAAUUUGAGCGCAAACAUCCGAAUAGCGAGGGUCUCAUCACUGAGGUUGAUUUCGCUGAGCUUUUGGUCGCCUAUGCUGGAUACUCCCAUAAAAAGAAGUCGCGUAAAUUGAAGCGCGUCAAGCGUAAAUUCAAAGACAAUGCUUUGGGUAUCUCCAAAGCGGAUUACCUAGAUUUUUUUCACUUUCUAAGUAAUAUUAAUGAUGUGGACACCGCCUUGACGUUCUAUCACAUUGCGGGAGCGUCCAUUGAUCAGGCAACACUGAAACAUGUUGCCAAAACUGUAGCUAUGGUGGAUCUAAGGGAUCACGUAAUUGAUGUGGUUUUCACCAUUUUCGACGAAGACAACGACAACCAACUGAGUAACCGCGAAUUUGUAGCAGUCAUGAAGAAUCGCUUGCAACGUGGCUUGGAAAAGUCGAAGGAUACAGGCUUUAUCAAAAUGAUGCGCUCAAUGUUAAAAUGUGCCAAGGAAACAAAGCCAGUGCUUCUGGAUCUUUAAGGCAAACACUUUUUUUGGUGAUUUGGCAAAUUAUGCUACGACUGCGUUUUCCAGAAAAUACCACAAUUUUGGAUAAACUUUGUAUAGCUUUCAGGCGCUUUUUCUUCCCCUCGAAUUUAGCUGCCAGUUCUUGUUGGUUUUUGUUACUAUUUAUUAAGCAUUACAAUUUAUUUUUUAUUUAAUUUAAUAAAAAUGUUCUACGCGUUAAAAUGUGUCCGUUUUUU